CGUCAAACUGAUCGGAAAAGAAAAAGAAGCACGCAGAGACUUCAACUCGGUUCGGUCCGCGGUCCGACGAAGAUUGUGACUCCGGAUUUUUUUUUUUUUCGUGGGAGUUGAAAAUUUCCGAUCCUUCCCCGCGUUCCGCGCCUGCCAGGAUCCCCCGACGGAACGGUUCUACGAGCGAGGUUUGCAGGAGUUACGUUGUGAGCUUGGGCGAUGCCUUCGAAGAAGAAAAAGUACAACGCACGGUUCCCGGCGGGCAGAAUCAAGAAGAUCAUGCAGACCGAUGAGGAGGUCGGCAAGGUGGCCCAGGCCGUGCCCGUUAUAAUCUCUCGAACCCUGGAGCUGUUUGUGGAAUCGCUGCUGACGAAGACCCUGCGGAUCACGAACGCGCGCAACGCCAAAACCCUGUCGCCGUCCCACAUGAAGCAGUGCAUCAUCUCGGAGAGUCGGUUCGACUUUCUGCGUGACCUCGUUAAGAACAUCCCCGACAUUGGCGUCAACGAGGAGCAGCUGUCCGGCUCGGAGGGUGGGUACGAUCCGGCGGCCACGCCCUCCUCAUCGUCGACGACCUCCUCGAACGGUGGAGGAGGAGGAGACGUGACGGUGCCGGCCGCAACACCCGGAACCAGCAGCAGUGGACUGAGCUUGCAACGGUCCGAGUCGUACACACCAGUCACGAUCAACUACGCCGGAACGCUCCCCGUCAAAGCCCAGAUUCAACCCCCAACGCAGCAGCAGCCGCAGGGCAACAGUUUGAAACGAACGCUGAAUCACGUGGGAUUCUACAAGGAAAUUUCCCUCGAAGAAACGGGCUCCGGGAGUAGCACCAGCAGCAGCAGCACCGGAAGCAGCCGAGAACCGCCACCGAAGCUGACCAGACUGCAUUCGGCACCGGCGGCCACCAUCACCACAGCAACGAAAGCGACGUCGUCGAUUCCGUUCAAGAUCGACAUUCUGCCAACCUUGCCGGCGGCGUUGGCGUCCAGUUCCCAACCACGAGCAGUUCCGGCCACGGCUCCGGCUAGCAGUAGUAACUUCAAGAUUACCUACAAAUUCGAGCCGCUGAAGGACGCCCCUGCCCCGAAAGCGACCGCCGCCGCGCAGCAACCGGUCUUCAAGCUGGACUAUUCCAACGUGAAGCUCCCGAUGACGACCCCGGCCAACCCAUCGCCGAAGCCGGUCGCCGCCCCACGCCAUCACCCGCUGCAGCACCAACCCACGAUCAAGAUCGACCUGAGCAGCAUCACCAACUACACCACCAGCAACCCAUCCCCGCUGGGCUCCAGCUCCUCCUCCUCCUCCUCCUCCGCGUCCAGCCCGAGCGUCGUCGUCAAGCAGCAAGUGCCUUCAGCGACACCCCCGACGACACCCCUCUCGGCCGCGUCCACGUCCUCGUCGUCCAGCAACAGUGGCGGCAGCCGGAAUCCGUACAUCUUCGCCACCGGAGCAGCGUCGAGUUCCGCCCCUCCAGCAGCCGCGCUCGCGCCCUCCUAUUCCAGUGUGUCCUCGUCGAUUCCCGGCAUGGACGAAGACUACGACGAUAUCUAGAGCGACACCUGCAUUUAACCAACCUUCUUCUUCUUUCUUUCUUUCUAUUUUCUCUACACAAUUUCCCUCAGAAUUGUACAGAAGCGUGUGAAUUGAACCAUUUUCGUUUUAAUCCUUUUAAAAUAAGUCCGAUUGAACCAGAGACCAUUUCAUUACCGUUUUAGAGAAGAAAAAAAACAAGCAGAUUAAUUAGCGUUUAGUUUGUAUGGAUUAGUGCCCGGAACGCCCGGACUUCCUUCUCACCGCAGGAAGGAAGGAAACGCGGACCCCGGGGGUUUUCCUGUUUUGAAUUGUACAACCAAGCGAACGAUGCGAGAAAUAAAUUUAUUUGUAGAAUCAUA